UAAUAAUGAACCACACACACUUCAUCUUUGUAAGAUAUCAUUUGAGAGAGAAGAGAAAAUGAGUCUUGAAGGAAAGUUGGUUUCAGAGAUAAAUAUUAAGUGUGAUGGAGAUGUAUUUCAUGAGAUUUUUAGGCAUAGACCACAUCAUAUUUCAACUAUGAGUUCUGAUAAAGUACAAAAUGUGGAUAUUCAUGAAGGUGAAUGGGGUAUUGUUGGCUCUGUCAUUUUUUGGAAUUUUACCGAUAGUAAGUUGCCACCACUUUUUAUACCACUUCAACUUCUUAUAUUGGACUAUUACAAAUCAUUUUACAUCACUGUUCAUGUUGAAACAAAGGGUGAAGACAAUUUAGUUACUUGGAUUUUGGAAUAUGAGAAGUUGAAUCAAGAUAUUCCAGAUCCUCACACACUAAUGAAAUUUUGUCUUGAUGUUACAAAAGAUAUUGAGACUCAUCACCUAACAGGAAAGUUAGUUUCUGAGAUAAAUAUCAAGUCUGAUGGGGAUGUGUUUCAUGAAAUAUUUAGGUAUAGACCACAUCAUAUUUCUAGUAUGUCACCUGGUUAUAUACAAAAUGUCGAUAUUCAUGAAGGUGAAUGGGGCACUGUUGGUUCUGUUAUCGUUUGGAACUUCACCCAUGAUGGGAAAGAGAAGGUGGCAAAGAAUGUAAUUGAAGAAAUAGAUGAAGAAAAGAAGUUGGUUAAAUUCAAAGUGACUGGAGGAGAUAUAUUGGAGGAUUAUAAUUCAUUUUACGUCACUGUUCAUGUUGACACAAAAGGUGAAGAUAAUAUAGUUACUUGGAUCUUGGAAUAUGAAAAGAAGAAUUGUAAUGUGCCCGAUCCACACACUUUAAUGGAAUUAUGCCUCAAUAUCACAAAAGAUAUUGAGACUCACCAUCUCAAUUGAUAAAUACCUACGACUAUAUAUAUAUUGCUCGGAUUCUUUGAAAAUAUAUUGACAGAUGCUAUACUGUCACAUGUGUGCCAAUAUUUCUAAAGAGUACGAACAAUAUAUGGUGAAUGCUUGGAACUGAGAUGUUGUCUCAAAGUCUUGUAAUAACGUACGUUUGUUGUUAUUAAUGAGUGUGCUUUGAAAUGUCUACUGCAUGUAACAAGAAUAAAAAUAAAAUAAGGCAAAAUGAGUGAAUAUGUAAUUUCUAAUAUAUUUUGUUGUGGAUUGAAAAAACAGUUUGUAUUUUU